CUCACCAACAACAAAAACAAAACCUUAAAAACACACACUCAAUCAAAAAUUCCAAAACUAAUCUCCGGAAGCACUGAAAGCAACUCUUCUCUCUCUCUCUCUACCAAUUCUUGAAUUCUCCCGAAGCUACUCCACCCUUUUCUCAACAGGGACAGAUAAAUCAAGAAGCCCCAUAUUUAAAUUUCAAUCGAAGAAGUUAGAUGAGCGCAGGAGCGAUGGUGGGGAAUGGAGAUUUGGAGAGGGGCACAUCGGCAAAGGGGAGAAACCAGAGAUUCUCAGGUGAUGUGGAUUAUUCGGAGAGGCAAUGGACUUCUUGGCUGGUGCCCAUGAUUGUGGUGGCCAAUGUUGCCAUGUUUGCUGUGAUCAUGUUUGUCAACAACUGUCCCAAGAAUCAUGAUGGCGUUGGUAGCUGCGUUGCUAAGUUUCUUGGCCGCCUCUCUUUUCAGCCUCUUAGGGAGAACCCCCUCUUCGGCCCCUCUUCCUCUACACUGGAUAAACUGGGAGCUCUCGAAUGGAACAAGAUCGUGCAUCAGAACCAAGCAUGGAGGCUCGUAUCUUGCAUCUGGCUGCACGCUGGUCUAAUUCAUUUACUCGCGAACAUGUUGAGCUUGGUCUUCAUUGGAAUCCGCCUCGAGCAGCAGUUUGGAUUUGUCCGAGUAGGCUUGAUUUACCUAAUAUCAGGAAUCGGGGGCAGCAUUCUGUCUUCGCUCUUUAUACAGAACAGCAUAUCAGUUGGAGCUUCGGGUGCUCUCUUUGGACUUCUCGGAGCAAUGCUGUCGGAGUUGCUCACCAACUGGACUAUUUACGCGAACAAGGGGGCAGCUCUGUUUACUCUCGUGAUCAUCAUUGCAAUCAAUCUUGCUGUCGGGAUUCUCCCACACGUAGACAACUUUGCUCACAUCGGAGGGUUCUUGACCGGGUUACUCUUGGGAUUCAUAUUUCUGGUCCGACCCCAGUUUGGUUGGAAGGAAGGCCGUCAUCUCCCAGGUCGCUUGCGCCUCAAGUCCAAGUACACGGCGUGUCAAUAUGUCAUGUGGAUCGUUGCCACCAUUCUCUUUAUUGUCGGAUUCAGCGUAGGACUUUUGAUGCUGUUUAGAGGAGAGAAGGGGAAUGAUAAAUGCAGCUGGUGCCAUUACCUGAGCUGCGUGCCUACCUCGAGAUGGAGCUGCAACUACUGAUGUUUUCCGGGUGGUUCCGCCUCUGCGUUUUUCGCGGUGCAGUAUUGUGUUUGCAUACUAUACUUGCUGUCAUGUGUAUAUAGUUAGUUUCUCAUUUUCUCUACCAAUUCAUAGUUUGUAUUUGGCAUUUGGAACUGCUACUAUUCUUUUGUUUUAUUACUGAUAGAUUGUAUUCU